GCGCGAUCUUAAAAAUUUGUUGGAAUCUACUCAAAUAUCAGUGAAACUGAAUAAGAAUAUGCGGUAGCAGAAAGCAAUACGGAAAUAAUUUAUAUCAUUUUAAUUAUUAUGCCCUAAAUUUUUUUUUGCUUAAAAUAGUUUAACGGGGAUGUUGAACAUGAAUAAUGCCUCGGUCGCCAAUGAUGACUAUGAAGUUAUUGGCGAAACUCAUUGGCAAAUAUUGGAGAAUAAUGGCGAAGACCAUGUCAUCAAAAUAUAUGGUUACAAGUAUUCAAAAAUACGUGCAAUAAUCUUUCAUUCCAUUUGCAUAGUACUAUGUGGGCUACCAUAUUUUGCUUUGGCCUACUAUCCUACAUUAAAUCUAUUCAAAUACUUAAAACGUAGUUUGAAAAUGGCUGAAGAAGUAUGUGUAAUGGAUGGAGAGGGCUCUUUCAACAUUGAGAGUGUCCAUGAAAUCGAUCUUAGCAUCUCCAGCCAUACUGAUAACAAACUUCGUUACUUCAUAUACCAACACAGCCGCUAUAUCUGGCUGAAUGACCAUGGAGCGUUCAUCAAUGUACUGGCACUAAAUGAAAAAAUAACCAUUAGCUUAUUGAUGGAAAAUAUGUCCGGUAUAAAUAAAAGGCAACAGAAUGAACUGAUAAAGUUGUACGGAAAUAAUUCAGUGGAAGUUGAAGUAAAAAGUUACUGGACAUUAUUCGUAAACGAAGUUUUCAAUCCGUUUUAUCUAUUUCAAGUGUUCUCUAUUGUUCUUUGGUCAUUAGACGAAUACUAUCAAUAUGCAACAUGUGUUUUCCUCCUUUCGACGGGAUCUUGUAUGAUGUCACUAUAUCAAACUAAACAGAUGAGCAUAAAUAUUCACAAUAUGGCUGGCUCGACAAGCUUAUUCACGGCAACAGUUCUCCGUCUCACGCGGACUGGUCGCGAGGAAUACGUAGUGAACGCCAGCCGUUUAGUGCCCGGUGAUGUGCUGGUCUUACCGCCCGAUGGAUGCGUGAUGCCUUGUGAUGCUAUGUUGCUGACCGGCACUUGUAUUGUCAACGAAUCUAUGCUCACUGGUGAGAGUGUGCCUGUGAUGAAAGGACCUCCUUGUAUUUCGACAGAGGCAUAUUCAACUGAAACGCACAAAAGACAUACGCUUUUCGCUGGCACUCACGUAAUUCAAACAAGAUUCUACGGAAACAAUCAGGUCUUAGCCAAAGUCGUACGCACCGGCUUUUACACUGCCAAAGGAGAGUUAAUCAAAAGUAUUCUGUUCCCGAAGAAGUUUGAUUUUCAAUUCUACAAGGAUGCCGUCAAAUUUGUUAUAUUCAUGUUCUGCAUUGCCGCAAUCGGAAUGGGAUAUUCGAUAUGGCUCUAUGUCGUCAGAGAUAGUCCUAUAGGCAGAAUAGUGCUGCGAACGCUAGAUAUAAUAACGAUUGUGGUGCCACCGGCGUUGCCUGCUGCCAUGACAGCUGGGAUUGUUUACAGUCAGCAGCGUCUCAAGCGCAAUAAGAUCUUUUGCGUGUCACCGCCUCGCAUUAUUAUCUGUGGGAAGUUGCAGGUCAUGUGCUUCGAUAAGACUGGAACCUUAACUGAGGACGGGUUAGACCUGUACGCAGUUAUUCCUUCCAACUCCGAAGAGAAGUUCGGUCGCUGCAUCGACGACAUUGCCGCUCUGCCUUCGAAGAGUCCCCUAGUCCAAGCUUUAGCCUCUUGCCAUUCACUCACCAGCAUUCAAGGGCAACUUAAAGGUGACCCUUUGGAUUUGAAGAUGUUUGAGUUUACACAGUGGGUCCUCGAGGAGCCAGGUCCUGAAAACACCAGAUAUGAUAACCUAAUGCCAGCUAUCGUUAAGCCUGUAACUGCCAAUGGAGAUUUGCAAAAUUUGGAUAACUACGAUCCCUUCACCAUGGAAAUGCCGUAUGAGAUUGGUUUGCUGCGCAGAUUCCAUUUCUCAUCAUCCCAACAAUCAAUGGGCGUUAUCGCCAGAGUCCUCGGACAACCACAGAUGGUAUACUUCGUGAAAGGAGCGCCCGAAAAGGUUGCAGGUAUGUGCGAUCCGGUGUCGUUGCCAGACAACUUCAGUAUGAUACUCAACGAAUACACGUCCAACGGAUUCCGAGUGAUCGGCCUAGCCCACAAGAAGCUGGACCGUAAAAUGAAGUGGGUGGACGCACAGCGGCUCAAGAGGGAGUCCAUAGAGUGCGAUAUGACGUUUUUGGGCUUUCUAGUCAUGCAAAAUAGCCUGAAACCGGAAACAACGCAAGUUAUAAAGGAGUUGCACGACGCGAAUAUGAGGCAAAUUAUGGUCACCGGGGACAACAUAAUGACCGCGAUGUCGGUCGCCCGCGGUUGCUGUAUGGUUCAACCUCAUCAAAGGCUAGUUCUGAUCACGGUUGGCCAACAACAAACUACUGACACACGGCCGGCAUUAUGUAUGGAGGUGGUUGGCGAAGGUGGCCCGCCUAAGUUAUCGAUAGACGCGUACGUGUUGGCUAUGGAAGGCAAGACCUGGGCCGUAGUACGGACGCACUAUCCGGAACUGAUGUCCACUAUUGUAAACCGAGGAAUGAUCUUCGGGCGAUUUGGGCCAGACCAAAAAACACAGCUGAUUACCGCCCUUCAAGGCGAGGGCUUGGUUGUGGGUAUGUGUGGAGACGGCGCCAACGACUGCGGUGCUCUGAAGGCCGCACAUGUGGGCAUCUCGUUAUCCGAAGCGGACGCAUCAGUGGCAGCGCCGUUCACGUCACAGGAGCAGAACAUUCGCUGCGUGAAACUUCUAGCCCUGGAGGGACGAUGUGCGCUGAGUACUUCUUUUGCGAUCUUCAAAUACAUGGCUCUCUAUUCGCUUAUCCAGUUCUUCUCUAUUCUCAUCCUUUAUAAUUUCUACUCUAUCCUCGGUAACAACCAGUUCCUGUACAUUGACUUGGUGCUAACCACGAUACUGGCUUUAUCCUUGGGCCGGGCGUCCCCCGGGCCCUUGUUGACGAAGCAAACUCCGCCAGUCUCUCUAGUCGCUAUAGCUAGUAUACUGCCACUUAUCAUGCAGGUGUUGCUCGUACUGACCAUACAAAUGGCUUCAAUCUACCUCUUACAGUCUCAAGUAUGGUUCGAUCCUGUGCAGGGUGGUCCAGAUGUGGAGCAAGUUAUGUGUUGGGAAAACACAGUAAUAUUCAUAGUUACAUCAUUCCAGUACUUAAUAAUGGCUUGCGUUUAUGCUAAGGGCUGGCCCUUCCGUCAGCCAUUUUGUGCUAACUACUGUAUGGUAAUAGCGCUUGUAACACAGUCUGUGUUUGUUACGGUGCUCUUACUGUGCCCGUGGGAGUGGCUAGCCGAUUACAUGGAAAUUGAAGUCAUGAAGGUGGCAGAUACUGAGCAGACCAUGUUCAGAGUUUAUUUAUUGAUCAUACCCGUCUUACAUCUCAUGCUCGCUAUUGCGAUUGAGGCCACUUUGUCAGACCAAGAUCGUUUCACAUCCCUGUUCCAACUGCUGAGACGCCGUUGUUCCGACAAAGAUGAAGCGUCCGCUGAAGCCGCAUGCCCGCUGUGGCCACCAAGGUCACCCUCGCACAUAUGCUGACGGAGCCCAACUGUCUCUCAGUACACACCUUACAUAGUGUUUGCGUUGGUUCGGUAGUGACUACAAGUGAUAAGUGACAGUGUUUUGUGACAUGUAGUAUUAUCAAGGUGAUUUAACUUUCUGCCCGCUACUUACAAGCAUAAGGGACUAUUCAAUUAGAGCUUUGUAAUUCCAGGGAUGUGACUAAACCAGGGUGUGGUCUUACAAAAACAGUUUAAUAUGAUUUUAUGAAGCCUAAGUACAAGAUUUGCUUGCUCGGAAUCGAGGCACCUUUUUCGAGUAUUAUUUUCUGUUUGACAUUACAGAAAUGGAACAUGUCAGUCGUAUUGGAUUUUACAAACGUUCUCUUUUGAGAGAAUGUUUGUAAACAACCUGCGCUAGACAACUGGAGACACGCAAAUUUGAGCUUUUCAGUUCAAUUUUUUUUUUAUUCCAUUACAAGUUAGCCCUUGACUGCAAUCUCACUUGGUGGUAAGUGAUGAUGCAGUAAAAGACGGAAGCGGGCUAACCUGUUAGGGAGUAUACCAGUUAUAUUUGCACGAUAUUAUUAAUCGGUUUCUACGCGACAUCUAGCCAAGGCCAAAGGCUCCCACCUGACCACCUGACCAGACCAUAGAAAAUUCAGAAAUUAUAAAUUCCCUAAUGGCCCCUGCCGGGAAUCGAGCCUAGAAUAUCCCAUAUAAGAUCCAUUUUACUCCGAUGUUGAAGUAUUUCCCUACUCCAUAGCGAUUCCUCGAUUGCGAACUAGCAAAUCUUGUACUAAGGCUGAUGCUCAAGAGUGCAAAGUGUAUAUAAUGCUUAUGAGCAAUAAACAUACUCAAACUAAAAGUAUUUUUGCCAGACCUCACCCUAUGCACAUCCCACGUAUUUCGAAAUUUGUAAAUACUCCCUUACGUGCUGGCCACGGGACGAAUUUUCGCGCGGUGUGCGAGCCGAGUCGCGCGUUAUUCGUAGGUGGCCGCUACUCGUGGAAUGCUUGGUAUAUUACCUUCGCGCAUCGUUGCGAUAAUUCAGUGGCCAGCACGUUAGUUCUCAUUCGCACCGGAGAGAAGAAUCGUGUAAAUAAUUGGAUAGAAGCAAGCGUUACUCUGCGGAAACUCCAUGAUAUAUUGUAAAAAU